AUGUCGUUCUCUGCCACCUACAAAUACAAGAUGAAGAUGAGGGCACCAACUGCUGGAAAAAGGUUGGUUUCCCAUGCCUACCUUUUCCUGGGCCUGGCAAUCUCCACCUCUUUGACCUUGAUCAUGACCCAGGUGAGAGCUGUGGAGGGAGCAGGGCCUUCUCGGUCGACGAAGGAAAAGAGCCCUGAUUAUGUGCAGAGUCCUCCUGGGUGGACUACGAAUAAAGCCUCCGGUUCUUCGCUCGACGAGCAGCCGGACAAAAGGCUACUAGACGCGGAACCGAUAUGGGACUGGGUCGAGCUGCAAUCUGUCAACGAUCAGUUAUCUUCUCUUACUUUAGAGGAUAUGCGUAGGUUGUUUGCCAAUGAAGAUUUCCCCGGUUCUACUGGACAGGAUCAGCAGCUUUUGCGGUUGCUGGAUCACUCUGCUAUGAUUCAAGCUCAAGCCCAAGCUCGUCAAGGUGGGCCACAUCUACACGAAGAAUCUACUUCUUCAAUUUCGGGACUGAUCCAAAAGCUACAAAGCUUUUUUCAAAAGAAUGGUGUUCGAUAUGCCUCCCAAAUAAACGCGAUGAAAGAAACGUGUGCCAGUGCUGCUGCUUGCGCCCAAGACAUCGUUCUACCAGCCGCUUACGAGGGCGCCAAGUGUGUUGUCGGAACUGCCGCUGAUGUUGCUGAAACCGCUGCUUCUGGAGCUCGGACCACAGCUACUGCCCUAACUGAAAGAUACUGUAACCCUGAUUACACCUUGGCGGACGCCCAAGAGGAACUGAAGGAAGGAUUGCAACAAGGAGCAUGCGAUGUAGCAGCUAAGUGUAAAGAGAAGGCCUGUGAGCUUGCAACGACCGCAGGCGAUAUGGUGAGGACAAGCGUGGUGCCUCCUGUAGUGAAGCAACUUGAAGCGGUCACUCCGAAACCGGUCAGCAAGGUCCUUAGAAGAACACUGCUUGGAGAUGAAGAUGGCACAUCAACAUCUGUUGUUGACCAUAAUGUUGGAGAUCAACUUCAAGUUCAACAAGAAGAAGCAGAGGAAGAAGCACAAGGCGAACAGGGUGGAGACGAGGAGAUGAUGACGAGCAUGAAGAUUUGGAGUGUAGCGAACCGAGGUGUGGAGCAUGUACGAAACAUGGGAAUCAAGCCAGUAGGAGCCUACCUCCAUGCUUGCACCACCACCAAAAAUUAUCUUUGCGCGCUUCCCCAGUUGAUGGCGACUGGAGCCGCCGCGUCCACCAUGCCGAUCACGAUGCUUGCAGCACGUGCCGCCAUGGCUAGUGGGAUGCUGAACCCACAAGUUACCACGACAACUCUAGGCAACCGAUUGAACGAAAUAUCUAAGGAUUUGCUGAAUCUACCGAUAGUCGAGAGCAGGGAACAGGUGAAAAUCAGCGAAUAUUUUCGCCAGCACAUCGUGGACGCAGUGAACAGUGCGCAAAUUGCCUACAUGAUAAUGUCCCAAAGCGUAUCUUUUUGGCUGAGAAAAUCCGUCGUCCUUGGAAGGGACGACGCAGGCCUUAGAAUCUGGAUUUCUGAUCCUACGGCAUCAGAUUUCUUCUGUGGAAAAGCAGGUUCGUGUCGCCAUUUUGCGGCUUCUUCUCUUAUCGCGGACAGUACUCUCUGUGCAGGAUCUCUGGUAAAGAACCCGUUUUACGAGCACAUCGAUGACGUCGUAGUUCAACAAGAUGAAGAACAAGAAAUGCAGCAAAUGUUAAAGGAUUCGCAGCGGCCGUACCAUCAUCGGAGUUUAACCAAGAAGGAAGUUGCGGGAGCGUUCAUCUUGCAGUUAGCUAACGUUUACGAUAGCCUCACUGAACUUUUUGCUGCGUACACCGCAUUUCAAAAGAACACGGAUUUCUCGAUGCAACAAUUGCUGGAUGUCCAAUUAGCUCAGGCCGCUAUUGAGCGAGAAAAAGCUCAGCCUCCGCAACAACUACAAGAUCUUUUACGGAAGAUGAAUAGUAAGGAGGAUGGCGCAAUCCCGAAGGUGAUGAUCGAGCCGCUUAAAUAUUUGUACAAAGCAAUAUCGUCGAUUUUCAAACGACUGCGUGCGAAAUUCAAGCAACAUCAUGAUCUUAGAAAAAUCAAAGAGCAGGAGGUAGGAAAAGAAGAUGCUGCUGACGCUGGUAGCGAAGAGGACGGAGAAGAGAAUGAAGGUGCUGAUCUCUCAAAGAUGUCCGCAGAAGAACUGAAACUUGAAAUUGAGCAGGAUGAAGCCAGUGAAAAAGCUAUGCUUGAACUCUUCGAGGAACUCGUUAAAGAACAAAAAGAGGAACUUUUGCAGGUGAAACAAGAACAACAAGAAGAAGACGCAGCUUCAUCUCCCACUCAAGAACCAGCAGGAGAGUGGCAAGGCGGAGCUUCUCCCAGUGAAGCAGCUUCUUCCACCUCUGCCACUGGAUUCUCUGCAUCCAGCAAAGAAGAUCCUGGUUUUCCUAGUGCGCCAGAUGCUGCUUCUCCUGAUCCUAGUACCUCUACGUUCCAAUCGAUUAUCGAUUCAGUUCUCUUGCCUCAGGUGGAAGGGUUGAACCGUUUGCGAAAGGUUUUAGCAAAGGCAGCAUCUUGUACUAGAACAACAUGCGACGAGCAUGUCGGAGAACAAGAUUGUUCGCCAGAAGAUGGAGACUACACUUUUGUUUUCCCAACAUCGUCUCCUGCAGCUGAGUAUGAAGAUGCUGAAGAAGGAGGACGAGCAGCUGAGGACUUUCAAGACUGUAUUGAUAAGGGAAAAGAAGAUGAAAAUGAGUCCUAUGAUGUUGCCGGUGUCCCGGUGUAUUCAUGCAAAGAGGCUCCAAAAGAAUUAAUCGACCGUCACCUACAAAGCCCCGCACAGAAAGAUGCUGAGAUCACGCGUUUACACGUAUGCGCCCGCAACGUCUUGUUAGAGAAGAAAAGAGAAACUAUGAGAACCCAUUGGGAUCUUGCUAAGCCGAAGAAGCUCACUACCUGGAUUCGCUGGCUGCGCAUCGGCUAUCUCGCCAACUAUGGUCGUACGAUCAGUGCUACCACGACUUUGGCCUCGUCUUUGGGUGCUACGGACUUGUUGACUGUGACGAAUCCUAUGGCUGCGGUAAGACGCUUCGUCUGGCAAGCUUUAGGGCUGUUGGAUACGCGCUACGAUCAGUUGUUUCUCCAGACAAACGUAAACGAGAUGCUUUCCACUGACAGGCAAAGGAAAAUGGAGCAAUACCUGAGGGAAGAAGAGGUGGAUGUGGGCACGGAAGUGACGCCAGAUGCUGCUGGAAUUAUUUCAACUAGUCCUGGCGGUACGGGUACUCUUGCUGAGGUCGUAAAAGUACCUUCAAAGGAAGAGCAACAACAAGAUGAAGAUGCGACUUCGAAUGUCGAUGAUGCACCACCUCCGCCACUGUUGUCCUUCACAACAAGAAAUCUAAAAACUCUGGAGCCUCCUUCUGAAGAUCUAGUAGAACCUAAGGUUGUAAAACAGCAGCAGCAACAGGAGCCUUCUUUUGCGAACGGCAAAAUCGACGAUGAUCGUAGAAACUAUGUGCAUAUUCUCCGCACACAGUCCGCAAAUGGCGGGAAAGAGUACGCUUCCGAUAUCGCAUUUGCCCUCCGAAUGCACGAAAUGUUCCGUGUACUGUCCUUUUUGUACGACCUGUUGACGAACCGUACAACCACCUCCCAAGAAGGUGAAUCGACGAGCAUGACAGAGAUUGGACGCUUCUUGAAUUUAGAUAAAGGAGAGAAGAAUCCUUCUUUACUGCUCUUAGCUGAGGGAUUGAAGUUGGCGCUGCACUACAGAGCGGAGGUGGGAAGUCUGCCGCAGAAGGCUUUGUUCAGCAUCCUGAAUCAGAUGGAAAGAAGGGCCAAAAACCAGCUGGAGAAGGAAAAGAAGCUACUGAAAGGACAGGAGGACGAGCAGACUAGUCUUUUUGGAGGUCUCGGAAAAUUUUUCGGAAAAGGAGCAAAAGUAGAGCAGACUCAAGAUGCUGAUGCUGAAAGCUCUCCUCGGACUGUUCGUUCCGAAGGUGUGCCUUCAUCGACCACUAAGCCCGACUAUGCAACGAAUUGGACUUCGAUGUGGCGUUUCGGCUUGCGAUCUCUACUUGUAAUGGAAGGUGGUGGAGGUGGUGCAGCCUCUCAUCUUGCGACAAAUACUGCACUCAUCGAUUUCGGGAUGUACUUGGCCCAUCAUUCGGAUGAUGAAAUGAUCUCUGUUUUUUCGAAAUUCCAAGACGGCAAUGGCAGCAAAAGCGAAGCCUUACUUGCUGUCUUGUGCCUGGUACCACCGCAGAAGUGGAAAGACCUCACUGGCUUUCCGUAUCCAGCGUUAGCAACUGUCUUCGCAAAGCAAGUUGUGGCUGUAAAAGAUGGACAUCCUACUCCGAGUGCUAGUGUAGCUGCUUAG